UAAAAAAUUAUAAAAUGAAUCAAGUUAAAAGAUUAAUCCAAAUUUUAAUUACUAACAUUUUUAUUUCUAUUUUAUUCCACGGCGCUGGUUUUACGACGAACGACUAAACUUCGCAUCAAAGCCAGUAAACAGAUAUAAAUUAUGUUACAUCUCUACGAAUCAUUCAGGUUAAAUGAGGCCGGUAGGUGGUAGUUAUUAAAUUGUGAACGAAUGGACUAAGUUAAUUUUUUUUUAUUGUUUAUAUGAGUUUUUAUAUUGUGAUAGUGUGUGAUAUAAAAAUUAAUUGUUACCUACUACUAAACAACUAAACUGGAAGAAUGGCCCCUCCGGGUAUAGGAAAUUCAAUGGAAAUCCGCUCAGAUACGACGUCGACUGAGGGUAGAAAAAGCGAUAGUAAAAUUUCAGAAUAUCAAAAGGAUAUAGUCGUUUUAGAUGGAGGCUUUGCUACUCAAUUAAGUUGCCAUGUUCAACAACCGAUUGAUGGAGACGUCUUGUGGAGUUCCAGGUUUCUAGCCACCGAUCCUGAGGCCGUCAUCGACACCCACUUGGAUUUUUUAAGAGCCGGUGCCAAUUUAAUAAUAACGAAUACCUACCAAGCGGACGUUAACCUAUUUGAGAAACAUUUAAAUAUUACAAAAGAAGAGGGUUAUAAUCUUAUUAAGCAAUCUGUGCAAUACGCAAAAACCGCAGUCGAGAGAUACCUCGAGGAAUAUCCCAAUGCUAGGGAGCCUCUAAUAGUGGGAUCGGUGGGUCCGUAUGGAGCAUCUCUUCACGACGGUUCCGAAUAUACGGGGUCGUACGCAAAAACAGUUUCAGCUGAACAAAUGAAAGAAUGGCAUUUACCACGCAUGAGGGCGUUGGUAGAAGGUGGAGUUGAUUUAUUUGCUAUCGAGACAAUUCCGAAUUGCAAAGAAGCCGAAAUGUUGGUGACGUUAUUGAAAGAAGAAUUUCCUAAUAUCAAAGCUUGGCUCGCGUUUAGUGUAGCGCAAGAUGGUAAAUCUACGGCGUUCGGUGAAGAUUUCAAAAAAGUAGCUCGCCAUUGUUUCGAUUUGAAUCCCGAACAAUUAGUUGCCGUAGGGAUAAAUUGCACCGCCCCACGACUGAUCGAGCCUUUACUAACCGGAAUAAAUGACGAUCGAAAAGAUAACCCCAGACCGUUGAUUGUCUAUCCAAAUAGCGGGGAAAAUUAUGUCGUUGAAUUAGGAACUGAUGCUUCCAGUUGGAUCAACAGAGAUAAAUGCGAGCCAGUGGAAACAUACAUUCAAAAAUGGUUGGAUCUAGGGGUAACUUGGGUGGGAGGCUGUUGCCGGACGUACGCAACAGACGUAUCAAGGAUAAAACAAGAAGUACAACUGUGGAAAGAGAAACAACAAUAAACAAUCCCUCAAUUAAAUAUUUUUAUUGUUCUAUUACAUACACGAAUUAUUAAUUAAAAGUACUGUGGAUAAUUUAAAUCCCUCUAAUUAGGUUAAUACAGAUUAAAUUAAUAUUUAAUAAUUAUUUGAUUUUAUAAAACUAAAUUAUUCAUGUGGAAUCGUACAAAUAAAUUUGAAUUAUUUUUAAUCAAAUUCGGUUGUUGUUUACUUUUUGUAUGAAUGGGAACGUUGAAAAUAUUUAGGGAAAUUGUUAUUUAUUCAGUUAGGUAUAUAUACAAGGAGAUUUUGUAUAAAAUGUGUCAUUUUUAUAAAUUUUUUGUUCUCGUUGUCUAUAAAAGUAUAUGUAAUAACUAUUUAUAUGAACAACAUUAUAAAAAAAAAUCCCCAAUAUGUACCAGGUACAUAUCAUUAAAUAUGUUACUGAAAAA